AGAACAAUCUAUGUGUACAUUUAGUUGUAAACAUUAUAUAUUGUGUGGGAUGUGUAUGUUGUUGCAAGUUAAUAUUAUUAUUAUAUAUAACAUCAAUCAAAUUUAAAACCUUUUUGUUGAAGAGCCUUUUUUGCUUCAUCUAUUUCCUGUGAAAUGCAAAUUUAUGUAUUAAACUACUAUUAUACUAUAACAAUAAUAGAAAAGUUGAACAUUAUAAUUACCGCAUAUAACUCUGUGGCAGCUAAUUGGCAGUCAUUGAAAGUUGCUACUCGGUACAAUACAAUUGCCAAUGAGACCACCUGAAUAUAUAAAUGUAUACAGUUAUUAUAUAAUAUGUAUAAUGUAAUUAUAAAUCCCUUGAUAUCACUUCCAUUAACAGUCUCCAGGUUAAUCUAAAACUAGAUUCUCUAGCAAUUUGUUGUAAAAUAUGUCCUUAUUCAAAUUGUUAAAUGGAACUAUAUCCUGUCCCCCACUGUUAGAACUUAUUUCAUGCCCAACAUUCCAUGUUGAAAUCCACUGCACUAGUUAUGGUUAGUUUAGUUUUUUUAAUUAGCUCUUUGCGAAGGCAACCUUUAAAAUUUAAUUUUUUUUUCAAUAGUUUAUCAGACCUUAAAUGCCACUACUCUAAUUUUUGAUUGUACAUAUAACUUUGAAUUGUUAAAUUACUUUAACCACAUAUACUCUACUACUUGUUACUAUACCACUUAUAUUAUUAUUAUUAUUAUCCUAUAUUAUUUAUUUCUGUUAGUGUUGAUUUGUAUUGCUGGGUAUCAGCGCUUAAUUGAUGGUAUUGGUUAUACUAGUGUAUUGUUUAUGCUUGUUAGCGUUAAAGAAUACUAGUAAAUGCCACGAGCAGGCUACCAUCAUCUCUCCCAGUUAUGAUUUAUAUUCGAUAUAUAUUGUGGCCUUAACUGUGUUGAUUUGUAUUCCAGCCAUACGAAAUAAAUAAAUAAAAUAUAUUUCUGUACUUGAGCCUAACAGGCGUUAAUUCAAUAAAAUAAAAUAAUUAUACAUAGUACUUACUCCAAAAACAAUUAUUGAAAUAAUUGGAAGAAAUUGAAUUAUCAAGUAGUAUUCUUUGGGAAUAUUGCUAUCAUAUUGAUGAAAUAGUAUACUUAACCAAAUUAUGCAUAAUGUAUUUAAACCGAUGACCCAUUGAGUAAGCUUUUUCAUUUUGUUACCAGAUGAUUAUUACUAUUCAUAUAAUUUAAUUUGGGAAAUAUGAUUAUUCUAUUUCAUUUAUUUAUUAGUAAUAACAUAAUAGUAAAUAGUAAUCCAUCAAAAACGAUGUGUCGGUCGUGUCGCUAUGUUCUAUAUGGUGAUAACUGUGAUAAGAAAAGAGUGAACACGUGUUGAUAAUGAUUGGUGCUCAACUUUGACAACUACUAUACAAUACAUAUUACAUGCGGCACUAUAUAUAUAGACGUAUAUAUUAUAUACGAUUGUACUAACUGCAGGUAUUGUAAAUUGAAAAUUUUCUCAUAAUCAAGUUUUUACAUGUGCAUUUUAAAUAGGAACCGUGAUAGCGGUUUUUUUUGUACAUGAACAAGAUCAUCUUCUAGGUUUUAUUUUGAUUAUGUUAUUUGAUCGUGUUUUUUUUUUUCAGAGAUGAUAUUCGAAGAUUUAAUUAAUUUUUUCAAAUAUGUAUUAGACCACAUUCUUUGUAGUCUCAAGCUGUGUGGCGAUUUAAACCAUAUAGAUGUGGAAAUUCUAUACCUGUCCAAAGAUUAUAUAAUUGUCAAUAAACCCGAGGACGUUUUUACAAACAAUCAUGGCAAAGACGUCAGUGACUUACCUUUUACCAUUCGAGUUGAAUAAUAUUUAUUUUAGACGAUUGUUAUUUUUAUGUAUCAUAGAGACCGUCUUUGGAUAUAUUGUUGGGAAAAAAAUAUCCGCAUUUGGUGAACAGCAAUUUGGAAUACGGGUUCUAUUUUGUCCAUCGCCUAGAUUAUGUAACGAGCGGCGUACUAUGCAUAGCACUGAACAAACAAGCGUGUGCCAUUGCUUCGACUGCCAUGCAAAAGAGAAUAUCUCGGAAAUAUUAUAUUGCAUUGCUCAGGGGACAUGUGUCUGCAGACAACAUGGAUUUAAUCAGUCCGAUUGGUAAAAUGGCCUGGUAACAGAUUGCAGAGUUUGGUCGGGCAAAUGUUUAGUUCGUAUAUGACAUGGCAUCCAAAAACUUGCAGACACAAGUAAGUUCUUACACGAGUCUAAAACGUAUUAAAUAUUAAAAUACUCUUACUUCAAAAAGGAAACGAAAUUAAAAAUCUUAAUAAACACCUCAAUAAUAUAGGUUUUGGGUACAGUUAUCUAUAUAACCAUGGUUAUAGAAUAUAUAGUAGGUUAUUCAAUUUAUCUGACAAUUUUAAUUCAAUUUUUGAAAGUUAAAGAAAUUAAAAAAAAAACAAAAGUCUAGAUAUUUUCUAUAAUACAUAAAUAUAUCAAUUAUAUCUCCUUUUAGUGUGUGGGUAUUAAUAUAUAUAUAUAUAUAUAUAUAUAUUUAAAUUUUAACAGAAUUCAACUUAAAUAAUUUGCAUAGAUUUGUGAGAACUUUCACUUGUUUAUCUAUACUCACUAUGUCUCGUGUAGGAGCUUACCAAUUUGUUGUUCCCUUCCUACUAAUCUCUUCACCUUUAAAUUAACUUUCAAAUGUACAACACUUAAUCAGGGAUUGCAAACCUAAAACAAAUAAAUGUUUUUUCAUGCCGACUUAAAAAGUGUUAAAUUGAUCAUAACAUUAAAUUUUAAAUUUCAAAAAAAUAUAUAUUUUUCAAAUAAUUCAGUAAUGAAUUCAGUGAUGAAUAACUUAUAUUUUUUACCAUCUUUUAGUAUAUAUCUAUUCUACAUAAAUUGUUUUACUUGUCAAUAGCUGACUAAGCUAACUUUAUUCUGAAUAAGUACGUGUAUCAUGUAUUUUUAAAUUAUUUAUACUUUAUUAUAGAUACCUAAUCAAAAUAAAUAACUGAUUCCAACUUACUUGAUUUACAGAUAACUACUAAAAAUAUUUGCCAUCCCUGUCCGACUGAAUUGCAUGAAGUCUAUUUGGUUACUUGCACUAUUAUCUACUGUACAACGGAUUGUUAAUAUUUGCAGGAUAUUGUUCGAGAGAACUUAACGGAAAUCAUAUAAUGUGUACAGCGGAUAAUGGUUGUUGCACUAGCCCGCGGUCAGCACACACGCGAUUAGCCGUACUGGAACGUGGUGUGUUCAUGUCAUAUCCUGCGACUAAAGUUCUUAUGCUUCUGGUUACUGGACGGCGUCACCAGAUACGAGUGCAUUGUUCGGCAAUCGGCCAUACUGUUAUUGGGGACUACACUUAUAGUGGCCGUAGAGACACGACACCAAGCAGAACGUUUUUACACUCUUACAGGUUGGAUUGAUCAGUUCAAAAAUUCAAAAACUAUAAGUUUGAAAUAUGUUGUGGCUACAUCUGAGUUCUGAUUAAUAAUGAAAUUGUUAUUAUCAGUUUUGACCAUUACAAAAUAAGAAACAUGUCUUAACUCUAUCCUCAAUAAUAAAAAAUCAAUUUAGAUGUAGCCACUGUUGGUUUUGAUGUUUUUUUAAUUUUUUCUUUUUCUAGAUUAGAACUGGGUUUUGGUGACAUAAAUUUGCAGACAAAUGACCCUUUUACGAAAAAUAAACUUAAUGGUCUCUGGACUCCAGUGGAAUUUGUCAACAAAUUAGGCGAAAAUUGUUUGGAUUUGUUUAACCAGCCAACAAUAUGCAGUUAAUCCUCUUAUGUUAAUUUUCUCAUAUUUUUUAAUUAAAUAUAUAAGGUAUUAAUUUUUUUUUUAAAUUUAAUAUGUUUAAUAAUGAGGUAUUUUAUGUUGAAGAUAAAUGGGACACCUUCAAUUUAAUAUCUAAUUUCUAACAAAAUUGUUGUAGAUAUAAUAGUGGCUAUACUCUUUCAAUCAUGUUAAAACUAAGCCUUUCUAGUCUUUGCUAUUCUAGUGGUGAAUCUACUAAAAUCUGCUGUCUACAUGUGAUAUAGAUUGAUUACCCCAUUCAGAAAUUGCAUUAGUUGUAAAAUAUUUGAUGGGCGAAUUUUAAACUGGGGGUAUAUUUUUUGGAUAUCAAUUGAUUCUGUCUUAAAAAAUAUUGAGUUUCAUCACAAUCAGACGAGUUUAUCUUCUGUUAUGACCAUAGGAUAAUCUAUCAAAAUAUCCUAAUUUAACAAUUUAAAAAAUGUUUUUAUAAACAAACUAGCAUUUUGAAACUUUGAUUUACAUAAAUAAUAUAAAGUAC